AUGAAGACGAAAGCUAGCAUCUCGAAGUUUUGUACGCACUAUUUGAUGUAUUUCUAUACCAUCUCUGCAAUUCUCUACUUCGGGAGUGAUAACUUGGUGGCUAUUGUGCAAAUUCUAUGGGGAUACAAUGUUACUUCACGACCAUUUCCCACGAAGCUACUGCUUCCUUUUGAUGCUGAGCAAUCGCCAGUCUACGAGUUGAUCGUCCUCGUCUUAUAUCUGCAUUCGAUGUCAAUGAUAUACAUAGACAAUCUUCUCACUUCGCUUAUACUUAGUCUGGUCUUUCAUGCGUCCGGACAAAUCGAAAUCAUGUGCCAAGAAUUGAAAGCUAGUUCUGAGAAAAUACCACCUUAUGGAUCUCUGGCUUAUACAACAAGAAUGUUGAUCCAAAAUCAUAAUAAACUCAUCUUAUUUUCCAAGAAUAUCGAUAAGCUCUUCUCCUAUAUAGCUUUGAUGCAAGUUUUUGGUAAUACCAUAAUAAUCUGCUUCCUAGGACUCGUUGUUAUGAUAUCUCACACAAUAACUGUCAUCGACUUGUUGAAAAUCUUCUUUGCUUACUUCGGCAUAACGAUGGAACUGUUCGUAUAUUGUUUUGUCGGAGAACACCUAGGCCAUAAGAGUAAGUUACUUGGCGAUGCAGGGUACGAUUCUUUGUGGUACAAUAUGUCGUCCAGUCAUAGUAAAAAUAUAUUAUUAAUAAUCAUAAGAUCUCAGAAACAAUUGACUAUUACAGCUGGAGGCAUGGCAAAUUUAUCGUUCGAAGCCUUCACGAGUAUUAUGAAAGCAUCGGCAUCAUAUAUGUCCGUUUUGAAUGCGAUGUGUUGAUACUACUUAAAACUAUAGCACGAUAAUAACAUAAUAUAGUGUAAUUAGUAUAGUU